CCAGAUUUAUCUCCCAAAUCAGAAGCAGUGUAAAUCUAAUCUAUCAUUCACACUUUCCAGACUUUUCUGUAAAGCUCUCGCCAUCGGAGGCACAAAAGUUCUAAUCUCUCUCCGGCAUCGUCGCCGUCAUUCCAGAACAAGUUCGGCAAGUUCAGCAACUCCGCACCACUCGACCCUGGAGUUUCUGGGGGUUAAAACUGACUAAUAGUGUUUUAUUGAUGAAGUUAUUCUUGGGUCGAAUAUAAUAUUCGGAUAUAUUGGUGCGAGAAUUUGGCCAGGGAGGCAGAGCUUUGUGCGAGAAUUUGGUCGGAGAGACAGAGCUUCAACAAUCUCAAGCUUGGUCUGUGUCGAUCUCUCUCUGUGCCUCCAUCGCCUCUGUUUCUCUCGGCCUCCACUGCCUUUGCUUGUCUUACACAGCCACCAUCUUCGUUGUCCAGCAACCUACAACGACGACGGAUAUAUGCAGCAUAACUAGUGGAGAAGCCUGACAGAGAUAUUAAAAACAUGAGCAAGAGAGUGGAAAAAGAGGAGACCUCGCCCGGUAAUAUUGGGAAGAAGUCUAAGAAAAACAAGAAGAAUGUAGCCAAUAGUUUGGAAGAGGCAGUUAACUGCUUAGAUGUAGUGCCUAGUAAGGUGGAGGCUAAUGUCAAAUCGAGCAAAGAAGAUAGGAGAAGGAAGGAUAAGAAGAAAGAAGAGGUUUGGAAUGAUGUUCAAAUUGAUGGGACUUCUGAUGAAGCUGUCAAUGUAAAGUAUUGUGCAGAAGUGGAUAACACUCAUCAACAAGAGAAGGAUAGGUCGAAGAAAAAGAAGCCGCCAAAAUUGGAAGCUGCUGAAGAUAAUGAUACUUCAAAUAAUGUGUCUCACAUGGAAGGAGAGGAGAAUAGAAGAGUGCAGACAAAUGGUGGCAAGGAUUCAGGACAUGAAAAUUUCUUAAAAUCUAGAAAAGACGAGAAGAAGAGGUGCAGGAAGGACAGAAAGAAAGGUGAGAGUGAUACUGUUUUGUCUUCAAUGGAAAUCCUUGAGGACAAUGAUAUGAGAAAAGUUGAUGUGGUUAAUCGGCAGAACAGCUUUGAGAAGGAAGAUGUCACUGAAAUGAAGAAUGAUGUAGUGCCUAGUAAGGUGGAGGGUAAUGUCAAAUCGAGCAAAGAAGAUAGGAGAAGGAAGGAUAAGAAGAAAGAAGAGGUUUGGAAUGAUGUUCAAAUUGAUGGGACUUCUGAUGAAGCUGUCAAUGUAAAGUAUUGGGCAGAAGUGGAUAACACUCGUCAACAGGAGAAGGAUAGGAGGAAGAAAAAGAAGCCGCCAAAAUUUAAAGCUGCUGAAGAUAAUGAUACUUCAAAUAAUGUUUGUCACAUGGAAGGUGAGGAGGAUAGAAGAGUGCAGACAAAUGGUGGCAAGGAUCCAGGACAUGAAAAUUUGUUGAAAUCUAGAAAAGAUGAGAAGAAGAGGUGCAAGGAGGACAGAAAGAAAGGUGAGAGUGAUACAGUUUUGUCUUCAAUGGAAAUCCUCGAGGACAAUGAUAUGAGAAAAGUUGAUGUGGUUAAUCGGCAGAACAGCUUUGAGAAGGAAGAUGUCACUGAAAUGAAGAAUGGAGAACAAGGGGCUAGAAAGAGGAACAAAAGGAGAAGGGACAUGGAGGAUGGCGAUCUAAAAGAACACAAGAAAAUCACAGAUAGAAAAGAGGUUGAAAAAGCGAGGGAGGACAUUAACGAGGAUAUUGUGGAGAAGGUUGAAAAGAAGAAGAGAAAGAGAAAGAAGAAACUGGAUAAGGAUGACUUGCGUGCUGGAUUUCAAGAAAUCGUGGCUAAGGAACAUAAUAAUGAAAGGACUACUGUUGAAGAUAAAGAUUUUGUUUACAGUGAAGGUAAUACUAAUUCAAGUAGGAAUAAGAUAGUCGACAAAGAGAUGAAAAAUGUCAACAAAGAGAAGAGGAAAAAGAAGCAGCCUGAUACAGUUGAAAGUAGUUCCAAAGAUCCUAAAUCAGAAGGAAAAUCUAAGAAAGUUAGGUUUUCUGAUCAUGUAGAGAUCUUCCCAUUGUCUGAUGAUCCAUUUGCGUUGAAGACAAAAGAACAGGAAGAUAAUUUAGUUCGAGGCAAGCGGUUCUCACUAGAAGAAGAUGAGAUGAUUAAAGAGGCUGUAUAUAACUACAUAAAGGUGAAUAACUUGGGCGAAGAAGGUUUGGACAUGGUUCUGCACUGCAAGGCUUAUCCCCAAAUUAAAAAUUGUUGGAAGGAAAUAGGGGCUGCCCUUCCUCAUAGGCCUUAUCUGAGCAUAUACUACCGUGCUCAUAUAUUGUUUGAAAGGGAUGAGAAGCGUGGAUGGACGCCUGAAGAGUAUGAAAUUAUCAAAAAGUUCCAUGAAGUACAUGGGCCAGAUUGGAAGAUGUUGGCUGACGAGCUUGGCAAACAUAGAUUUCACGUGAAGGAUACUUGGCGCAGAAUAAAGCUAUCUAGCAUGAAGAAAGGACGUUGGUCCCAAGAGGAGUGCCAGAAUUUAUUUAAUUUAGUGAAUAUGGAUCUGCGAAUGAAGGUUUUUGAGAAAAAGUACUCCAAGCACGGCAUGUUGAGGGAUAAUAUCUGUUGGGGUGCUAUUAGUGAUAAGUUGUCCACUCGUUCCAGUGGAACUUGCUUUAUGAAAUGGUACCGCCAAUUAACAUCACCUAUGGUGGCUGAAGGUGAAUGGGCUGAUGCUGAUGACUAUCGCCUGCUUACUGCACUUUAUAGCUUGGAUGAAUGCUGCAUGGAAGAUGUGGAUUGGGACAAUCUUAUUGACCAUAGAUCUGGAGAUGUAUGUCGAAAGCGUUGGAACCAAAUGGUCCGUCACAUAGGUCAACCUGGGAAUAAUUCGUUUGCUGAACAAGUUGAAAUUCUAUCGAAGCGCUAUUGCCCCGAUUUACUUGAACCAAGAGAGAUCUGGGACAACAAACCUGUUGUUCCUUGAUGCUACUAUUGUAUUUGGUUUCUAAGUGCCUGAUCGGGAAUCACCUGCAGGUGAAGAUAUUGCAAUUCAUGUAUCUACAUGGCAAUGUGAUUUAGAGAUUUGUUGGCCUUGGUUAAGCUCUCAUUAUUGGCUUGGACGUGACUGAGGGCUAUAAACACUUGCACAGCUGGUUUUUAGAUUGUGAUAUUGGGAGUUCAGCCCGACUGAUAAGAGAAGAAAGAAAUCAUAGCAGCUGUUCACAGGUUAAUUGAUUGAAUAAUUCUCAUUCCAUUAACAAUUUAAUUGUGUGUUAAGUAAUUCUGAUUUUUGCAGCAUAUCUCUCUGUUUCUGUCUCUCUCUCGUGGCACAAUAGCACACAUGCACACACGAGAAAUGAACAGUUGUUGGCUGAUGCACUUGGACUGGAGCUCAAGACAAGCUUGGGGUUUUGUAAGAAACAUACUGUUGUUGAUGUUGAAGAAGCAAGCAGUGUGUUAAAUUUUGUUUUAAUUGAGAUGAGGAAGCUAAUUGAAACAGUUUGGGUUUUUUCUUUUUCUUUCUUGCACCAGCUGUUGGACAUAUUAAAGUGUAUUAAUUUGUAAAGAAUUAUGGAUUUUUGGAAGCUAAAAAAUCACUUCCUUUUCCAAUUGAAAUAUUAUUAUUCCAA